AUGUCAGGCUCCUCUUGGGCUUUGCUGCCGCUGGAGAUUAAGCUACAAAUACUGGAGGUAGUCUCGCGCCAACGGGGGUAUCGGGGCUCUUUUGCGGCUGUCUGCUCAGAAUGGAAGACAUUCAUUGAGCCACAGAAUUUCUACCGACUCGAAUUACAGGUACCAUGCCUCGAGCAACUUCCCCAUAUGACCGCUCGAACUGCAGGUCUUGUUCGUCAAAUUCGGCUGAAUAUUGAGCUACCACGAUACUCAUGUCGCUCUUGUCAGUGGCCUGAAUCGGAGUCGCGUAAGUCGCAGCAUAGCGCCGUCUUCAGAGCCUCGAUAUUGAAACUGUUUACUAUCUUGAGUGCUUGGAAAACAACAGACCGCUUGGUGUUGGAGCUCAACACCUUCUCACCUAGCGACUCGGAGCACUGGUUCAAAAAUUAUUGCGUUGGACCAGACGCCCAAACCGAUGGAGAAUCGGAGCAGCAGCAGCAAGAGGCUCCCACUAGAUGGCAUGACCCAAAACACGGCUGGGUUGAUGGCCGGCAGAUAGAGAGUCCCCCCGCCCACGCCAUUUCACGUCUUUUCGCCCCGAUAUGCUUGAGUCUCCCGAAGAGCAUCCUGGAGGUUCACGCAGUGACGGGGCUUGUCAUACGCCGAGAAUGUCGGCGGCAGGUCAUACCACCGGUUCUGAGGCUAUUGCUACAGAAGCUUCCUCGGCUACAAACCAUGGUAUACGAGUCAUGGCGCUUUUGCCGCCGUGGCAUGAAGAUUGCGUGUGAUAGGGAGUUUGCAUCCGUGAUUCAAGACGCUCUGCCGAGUCACGUCGAAAUGCUCUCCAUCUUCGAGAGUCCCAAUUCUGAGCUUGUGUCGGCAAUGCACCGCGAUCCUCUGUUCGCCCAAGUCAUCCAUGAUAACAUGGCCGCAGGUGCCGAGCUAGUCAGAGCCCUGGUCUUGAGGAGUUGUGACCUCAAACAUCUCUCAAUCUCCUUCAUGGUUGAUGCCCGACAAUUUUUGGACUCUUUGCAGUCAACGCAUUGCUGCCACAAGUUACGAUUGCUCACACUCACGGCGUCCAUCCUCAAAAGAGAAUCCCCCCGAAAUCGGAUUGCUUCUUUCAUAAGCGGCGCGAGCUCGUUUCCGCAAGAGAUGAAGCAGCUCGAACGAUUGAUACUUUGGAACAAAUCCUGGAAGAAGGUUGCCCCAGAUUUAUACCUCCGAAUCGAAAACGAGCAGCUACAAGCAGUCAUCAAACAACACGGUGAUGCCAUCUACCACUUACGUUUGCCAGGAGGAGUUAUCGACCCAAUUUCUGUCCGGCAGCUACGACGGGAAGCAUCCGUGGAAGAGGAGUUCUGA